UUAUUAACACAAUGGUAUUUGUUUAUCAAUUAUUGUAAAACACUUAAGCUUCUUUUAGCUCGAAUAUGUUUUCGAACAAUUAAUAACCCUGCUAGCAAAUUUGAAAAGGGCUUGUGAUCUAUGGUUCCGUAAUGAACAUACUGCGUCGAAAGAACUAGGUGGAGAAAACUCGUACUGUUCCUCCUAUGACAACAUCACGACAACCAUUACCGAGAUAUUGCGUCAUGGAUUGCGUUUAAAAAUAAAUAAUGCUAUGAUGCCUAACAAUAUAUCUCCCGUUAGUAUGACGAGAAACAAUAUUUGUCUAGCUAUUAACGACGAUUUCAAAAAACUGGUGGACAAUUUUGAAUGGAUUUGUAGGUCAGCACAAAUUCGUACUUCAUUUGCAACCGAAUCGACUAUAUCUCCUUUGCCAUUUAUAAACGAAUCGUUUGAUACGUCAUCUGCAAUGCAACAUGCUGUUAAAUCUUUCCUUCGUUCCUGGGUGCAACGUAAUUUAAAAGCAAAGUGCAUGAAUGCUUGUUUUCAGAUUCUGUUCGGGGAAAAACAGUUACUAGAGGCAUAUUAUAAGGAAGACGCUUUUUUGCGAAAUGAGGCGUAUUCAACAGCACUUCUUAUAUCAUUGUCAGCUGUAGAAUUGAAUCAAUACAGCCUGUUGAGUCAAAUCGAAACCAAACUUUAUAGUCCGGAAUUCGGCGUAGCUGCACUUUCUGCUGUACCGAGUACUAUCCGAAGACGUACCUCUUAUCAUCGCAUACUUUCAAUUUCGCCACCUAGGAAUAGAAAUGUUGACAAGAUAGGGGUCGUAAAUACGCAGGAAAUGAGAAUUGGAAACAUAAGCGACUGCUCCACCAACCAGAAGACUGCUUUCAAAAAGACUUCUCCGAAAUCGAGCUUUGCUACUACAUUUCGCAGAACUAAAAGCCUACCAGCAUUACAGCACAAUCCCUGCGAAACUUUUUUAUUGUUUCAAGAAAAGCUAAGACCGGGAUCUAAUAACAAUUUAAAAACUGGUUCUAAACGUAACAUAAAUGCCUUAAACGUAACAGGUUUUUCCGAUUCAAAUACAAACUCUACCACCACAACUGACUCCUCAUAUUCUGAAAACAAUUUUUUGGAUCUGGGGCUACCUUCAACAUCUCUGCAAAGCCGACAGCAAAUGCGUACAGGUUCCAUUUCUUCUUCAAACGCGGGAACUCCUUGUCGCAUUGAAUUAAUUAACUGUGACGAUAUUAAAAUUUGGACCGACACUUCCUAUGAUCAUAUUCGGAACCAGCGACAUGAAUUGCAAAAGGAAGCGACAGCAACUGAGCCCUGCCCCAUCCCUCAGAAUUUGGAGCCACUGAAACAGAAAGCGAAGAGCUCAAGUCCUAUUGGUAGUUUUUUAUGCAACCUUUUCAGCACUCCACCAACAUAUACACAUUGGUCAAUACUCAACCAAAGCGGUAGCAGCUAUGACGUCAGUUUAGACAACAGGGAAGGUAAUACUGCAAUUGCUAUGUUUCCCUGUAAUCCAAUACAAUCAGCAGAUUAUGCAGUGAGUUCCACUGGCGGGGUUUUGAACGCAUUUAUGCCUGUUUGUGGAAAAAAGUUACGUUCCCGUAACUCCCAAAACUUAUUCGAGGACGGAAUUAGCACGCUUGAUUAUAAAAAUACCAUCAAUGACUCAUCGAAAGAAGCCACAGAAGAAAAUUGUAUCAAAUUAUCGGAAGCGCCUAAACAGUUACCAAAACAUCAGCAGAGUUUAACAGAUUUUUUGCAAACGUCACAAAUGUCGCGAAAUAACACCGACUUGGAAAAGGAGAAUGCACAUUUUCGAGUAUCUGAAGCGAUAAUAUCAGCAAUAGAACACAUAAAGUGGGAUAAUAGUACAGAUCCAGUGAAAAAAUGGCGGCGGAGAAAAGAAUCAAAUCGAUCGACAUUAGCAACAACUGCCACAGAUUGCUUGGCCACAGACGGUACACAUAAAAAUAGAUUACCAGCGAAAUUCGAAAGUGAGUCUUGCGACGAAUCCACUGAGCACAUUUCUUAUGCAGAACUAGGCGAAAGUUGUCUUGAUUUACUUUCCGCAGAAGUUGUCGGCCUCUCAUUAAUUUCAAAAUUUAACGAUAAGCAUCUACCGAAAGUAUCAGAAUUGAAAUGGCUAGUUUCGGAGGAAGAUACGCCACAGCAACUAUUACCCAUGCCUGAUAAUAGUUCAGCGAAUCCUGACGAUAAUAUAAUACAUCCAAUGACACGAGGUACAAGGUACUGGGCGCCACCACGUCAACAAAUCAUUUUCACGGAUCAUCCAUCCACAAGUCGCAAGGAGUUGAUACGAAAGCAGAAUAAUCGUUGUGCGGGCUGUGGAAUGCGAGUUUCUCGGCAGUAUGUCAAUAGCUUUCGGUAUUGUACGUAUCUCGGCAAGUUUCAUUGCACUGGAUGUCAUCGAAAUCAAAUAUCCCCCAUUCCUGCCAAAAUUUUACAAACUUGGGACUUCAAGUGCUAUCCGGUUAGCGUUUUCUCGUAUCGUUUAUUGGAACAGAUGUACCUAUAUCCGCUAUUUUAUGUGCCGGAUUUAAAUCCUGCUCUCUAUAUAGAUAACAAAGCGCUACUUUCUGCUCGAAAAAAACGUGUCCAUUUAAAAUUUGUUAAAGAUUUUAUAAAGUGUUGUCGAUUUGCAGUCAGAGAGCAAGUAUACUUUGAAAGCAUACCAGAUCAUAUUACGAACGAUUCGGAUAUUUGGUCACUCUCAGACUUCAUUGAUGUCCACAACAAGAGUAUGCAGCGCUCAAUUGACCAGCUAAUCGAGAAAUGCGAGCAUCACAUCUUUAAUUGUGUGCUCUGUACUGCCCGGGGCUUCCAUUGUCAGUAUUGUCAUAAGGAUCAGGUGAUUUAUCCAUGGCAGCAAAAAGUAUUUCGUUGUGAUGGGUGCGGUUCAUGUUUCCAUCUCAGCUGCUGGAACUCAAUGUCAAGUAUGUGCUGUAGAUGCCAAAGAAUCAACAAAAGACGGGAAAUUGCGGUUACUUGAGGUACAACUCAAUUGCCAGUUAGGAAAAUGUGAAGAUAGUGUAAUGUGCUUAAUUGCACCACAACUCUGUUGCGUAUUCAAUAUAACUUCGCCAAAUUUAUUGUUAACUUCAAAAAUCAAUUACUUGCGCAUUUAGCCUAUAACCUCAUUUUGGCAUACAUUUUAUAGCGCCACUAUAAACAUGUUUAUUACAAGUAUAUUUCAAAUAUCAUUAAAUGUAAAAUUUGCAUUUUUGAGCUUAAUUACAAAUUGGCGAUAUUUUCAUCUUACUUGCUUUAAGGUGGUGCGCUAAGACAUAUUA